CAAGGCGAACUGUCAACAAGUAACUGCCGUUACUAAUAAAAUAGAAGAGUUAAGCUACUCCACGCACAUUUUCGGCCGAGACAUUUAUGUGUUAUUGAGACUGCUGACGAGCAAGAAGUAUUUAAUCGCGUUCAGAAAUACACACAGCGGAGUCAAGAAAACGGCGAUGAAUAAGUACACUUCACAUAUUGAUGCACAUCUUGAAAUAAAAAAGAAGAAUUUUUCGGAAAUGAUGGAUAAAAUUUUUGCGCAGAACAAACAUAAAUUCCUUACUAACAUUAAAGAAUGGAAAAAUGUUCUGUCUAAGCUGAAGUUGCUCAAUAUUAUAGUAAUAUCUGCGAUACAUUUGGGUGCAUUAUACAGUCUCUUUUCUCUCGACUUAACAAUAAAUAUAAAGACGAUCCUUUGGUGCCUCUUCAUUUGCUUAGUUCAAGCGAUAGGUGUCACCGCUGGCGCUCAUCGUUUAUGGACUCAUCGAACUUAUAAGGCGAAACUCCCACUCAAAAUUAUACUUCUCAUUUGCUACGCCGUAGGCAAUCAGAUACCUCUUCACUCUUGGGUGCGGGAUCAUAGGAUACAUCACAAAUGUAUGGACACGGAUGCGGAUCCCCACAACAGCAAUCGAGGAUUCUUCUUUUCUCAUGUCGGGUGGCUAUUGGUAAAAAAAAAAUCGGAAGUUAUUAAUGAAGGUCGGCAAAUUGAUCUAACCGAUCUUGAUACGGAUCCUAUCCUCGUGUUCUAUGAUAAGUAUUUCUGGAUAUUUUCCACAACUUUCUGCCACAUAAUACCGAUCACGAUUCCCGUUUACAUGUGGCACGAAGCCUGGACUAAUUCGAUCAAAAUAGAUCUGUUUCGCAUCGCAUUUGGUUUGAACGCCGUGUGGAGUGUCAAUAGUUUUGCUCACAUGUGGGGCACAAAACCGUACAACAUGAACAUAAACCCGACGGAUAACAGCGUGGUAUCAUUUUUUUCUUACGGCGAGGGCUGGCACAAU